GAACCAUCGGACUGACACAAAGUGCCAAUCCACGAACACGUCGCUGGAAUCAACUACCUACCCACCUCCUCGAACCACGACUUUCGUUAUGGAGCCUCCUCCAAAGCCUCAAUCCGCGCUUUUCCAAGUGUACCUGCGCUUACGACCUCCGCCAGCGCCAAACUCGCUCUACCCAACAUUAACCACUUCGGAGCGGUUCGUCACGGUCGAAGAAUCGAAUGAAGGUGCCCCGACACAUAUCACACUCAACCCACCGAAUGAUAACAGGAGGAGGGCGGUAGAGAAAUUCGGUUUUACGCAGGUGUUUGAAGAAGAGGCCUCGCAGCUGGAUAUUUUUCAUGGAACGGGUGUGAUACCCCUCGUUGAGGGUGUCCUUGCGGCAAACGGCGGGGAUGGGAGGGAUGGCCUCCUGGCCACUCUAGGGGUGACGGGGUCAGGAAAGAGCCAUACGAUCCUCGGAUCUCGCAGUCAACGCGGUCUUACACAACUCGCUCUUGAUCUCUUGUUCCGCUCUAUCUCAAACAACAUCCUCGACCCCUCCACAACAUACUCCCUCCACGCCUCUGUGGCCGCCUCAGACCCAUCAGAAGCACAAGUCCUCUCCUCGCAAGGAUUCCUGGAUAUUAUCUACGGCGACCAAUCGUGCGCCAGCCGCGCAACCUCACGCGCUGCAACGCCGAUGAGAGGCGAAUCCAUCCCGCCAACCCCCAGGCGACCUAUGCCCCGCUCAGCGCCCACCCCCGCCUCACCAUCUAUCGAAGAUAUCACCCUCCCCUCCGACCCCGCCACCGACUAUGCCGUCGUAAUCUCUAUGUACGAAGUCUACAAUGACCGUAUCUACGACCUCCUCACACCCUCCCCUCGCACCCCCAGUGUCAAAGAGCCUCGCCGCCGCCCCCUCCUGUUCAAACCCACCGAGGCCAGCCCGGAGCGCAAGCUCGUCGCCGGCCUGCGCAAAGUCAUCUGCGCCUCCGCGCGCGAGGCCCUCAUGGUCCUCGAAGCUGGACUACAUGAGCGCCGCGUCGCCGGCACAGGGAGCAACAGCGUUUCCUCGCGCAGCCACGGCUUCUUCUGCGUAGAAGUUAAGAAGCGGUCGCGCAACGCGAGAGGAGAGACAGGGCAGUGGCGCGGAAGUGCGCUGACGAUCGUGGAUCUUGCCGGGAGUGAGAGAGCGAGGGAUGCGAGGACACAGGGCGCAACACUCGCGGAGGCGGGCAAGAUUAAUGAGAGUUUAAUGUAUCUGGGACAAUGUCUGCAGAUGCAGAGCGAGCUAGGGAACUCGACAAAGCCCAACCUCGUCCCAUACCGCCAGUGCAAACUCACCGAGCUCCUCUUCUCCAACUCCUUCCCCUCCACCUCCUCCGGAUCUUCACACGCGCCGCGCCCGCAGCGCGCUACUAUGAUCGUCGCUGCAGACCCCGUCGGCGACUUCAACGCCACGAGCCAGAUCCUACGUUACUCAGCGCUAGCGCGCGAGAUCACCGUCCCGCGCAUCCCGUCGAUCACGGCAUCCGUCUUUGGGGGACCGCCGCCGCGGAGCACUAGCGGGAAUAGCGGCUCGUAUCAGGGACAGCAGGGUCAUGACGAGAGGGCUACGAUGGAGAGGGCUGCGAUGGAGAUUGCGCGGUUGAGUGAGGAGAUGGAUAUGUUGAGGGCGGAGGUUGUGGCGGAGAGGGAGGGGAGGGAGGAGGCGGAGGCGAGGCUGGUGAGUGCUGAGGAGAGGGCUAUGGAGAUUGAGGCUGUUGUGAGGGAGGAGAUGUGGGGGGAGAUGGAGGAGAGGUUUGAGACUGAGUUGAAGAGGUGGAAGGCGAGGUGGGAGGAGGAGAAGGAGAGGGGGGGUGAGCAUCUUGAUCGCAAGGUUGAGGUUCUGGUGAGGGGUCUGGGAAUGGAGGGAGAGGGGAAGGAGAACCAUGAGGGGAUGGAGGAGCUAGAGGAGGAGAAUCGCGCGCUGAGAGCUAUGGUGAUAAGGCUACAGAGGGAGGUUGGAGGAGGCAGCCCUACGAAGAGGACCGGGGAGCCGAGGGACGUCCUGGGUCAUCUUGGGACGCAAACGAGUCCGGUGAAGGGGAGGGUGAGGAAGCUGGGAGGCAGAAAGUGGGACUUUGCCGCUGGUGAGGAGGGAGAUGAGAUCUAGAAGCUGCUGUUGUGGGUUCCUCACGCAGGUUUCGCUGUGGAUUUGGAGUUCUGGAUACAGGUGCGGGUGCUCUCGGCGCUUGGUGUACGCUAUAUUUCGUGUACAUGUUUGUGUUGCUGGUCAUAAUAUAUGAGCGAGAUUUCUAGUUAGUCGGUCCGACGCUAAUUGCUUACGUUUUUACGGUGUGCUCCGUAUUUCUAGCCUGUGUGUGGUGAUGCUCUCCUUCCUUUGUGGGAGAAGGCAGGUGGAUCGGGGUGGU